GGCGAGGAUAUAUUCCCACGAAGAAAACACCAUGACCAGCAUCAUAGAACGUAUCCGUGCCAACCAGCCCAUUAGCCUCACUGAAGCCAAGGCUUACUUCGACGAGAGACCCCCUGUCCAGCCAAGCUUCAUGCUAGGCGAAUGGAAAGGUCUUCCUGUUCUGACGGGCAACAAGCUCGUGGAGAUCCUUCAGAAUGUCAAAUGGGCUGGGAAGGAUUUCCAUGGAGUCGACCAUGUUGAUCCCAUGGUGUGUCUUGACGAUAAAGGCUGUCGGUUCCCCAACCCCUACUGGGGUGGCGCGAGGAUUCGCGAGGUCAAAUAUAAUGACGUCGUGUCUGCCGCGAUGGUCUAUAAUGAACGGCCUGUUAUUGACUAUUUUCGCUAUGUGGAUGAGAAUACUGUCGUUGGGGUGAUGGAUAGCCCUGAACAUGAUCGUUCAAGCCAGGAGGGAGACCGUUUGUAUUUCGUCUUGGAGCGGAUCAAGUAAAGGAUCGCACUUUCUAUAGAAUGAGACGCUGAGGCCUGCUGGUGAUCUGACCAAGA